UGCACCCCUUUUCUCUUUCCAUUUUGUGAUAUAUACACACUUUUGUUGCGCUGAUCUUGUUAUAUGGUUAAAGCUCAGACAUAAUGGUGAGAAGUCCAUUUUACGACAAAAAUGGAGUGAAGAAAGGUGCGUGGAGCAGAGAAGAGGAUGACAUACUGAGAGCCUAUGUUCUGAGACAUGGACAUAGCAAUUGGCGUCAACUUCCCAAGCUUGCAGGUUUGGCGAGGUGCGGAAAAAGUUGCAGACUUCGUUGGAUGAACUACCUGCGGCCAAAUCUAAAACACGGCCACUACACUCAAGAGGAGGAGGAAAUUAUAAUCAAAUCCCACCAACGUCUCGGGAAUAAAUGGUCAGUGAUUGCCGAGAAACUACCCGGACGAACGGACAAUGAUAUAAAGAACCACUGGCACAGCCACCUAAAGAAGAACUUAAUCCGCAACGAGACCAGGGAGGAGGUGAAGUAUUUGAAGACACCUGAAUAUACAGAAUCUGAACGCCCAUGUGAGUUGGUGGGUUCUGAAUCAGAGAGUCACCAUAUACUGGAAAGCUCAUUGGUAUACCCCACUUCUUCAGAAACAAGCCUUACCCAUACCCAAGAGAACCACUCAGCCUCAUCCUUUUCCUCAGACUCAAGCUUCGCGCUUUCACAGUCAACCGUCAGGUCUUCCAGGGAAGAUCAGGACAGUGUUGCUUCCUUGGAAGCAUCGCAGAACUAAUAAGCAGCGAUUUCUGGAGCAGACCUUUUUUAGUGGAAAAUACAAGUGGUUAUGACAUCUCCCCGCAAAUGUUUUGGUGCCCUUACGAGGGUACGGAUUUGAGUGACCUACAGAGUAUUCUAGGCUGGUAAUACAGAGUUGUUAUGGGUUUCUCUUGUCGUCUAAGCCAAGGGUCAGUCUUGUCAUCUGUAUGUUUAAUACAAUUUGGAAAUUAGUGUGAACUAGAAUCCCCAUUGUGUACACGACAAUGGAAAUGCAAUCGAUAUAUUGAA